AUGCACGGCAAGUCGCCCAUACCGUACAAGCUUGACAAGAGGAGGUUCCAAGGGCUAAUUGCACUCGUGGUGCUUGGGAUCGUCUCCGCCAUGCCAUGGCCAUGGUUCGGACCUAUAGCUACCGCAACUGCUUCUCAGUUCUCCAUAUCCGUCAUCCAGGUCAACUGGCUCGGAAAUAUUGUCGCGCUCGUGUACCUUCCCGUAUCGUUGACAAUUCCCAUGUUUAUCAGUCGUUUUGGGAUACGAAGAGUGGCUCACUUCGGCGUCCUUAUGAUGAUUAUUGGGGCAUGGCUCCGAUUCGCCGCAACAGCUAUAUAUUUACCCCCUAGUGGUGCCUACUUGCUUCUAUUCCUUGGUCAGCUAAUAGCGGGUGUCGUGCAGCCAAUAUACCAAGUAAUUGGCCCCUUAUACUCUGAGAGAUGGUUCAACCUCGAAGGGAGGACGACCGCCACCAUGUUAAUUGGCAUAGCGAAUCCUGUGGGAGGUGGUCUGAGUCAGCUCCUCUCGCCGUUAGUGGGUACGCCGAAAAGAUCGCUUCUCGUCCUCGCUAUCAUCUCCACUGUUGCAUCUCCAGCCACUUUGUUAAUUGGCGAGCGCCCUACCAUACCACCUACCUACUCCGGCUCAAAGCCCUCUGAGUCGAUUUCAUCCCUUAUCCGCGCGAUGCUCGGCAUGAAGUGCUCAAAGCGCGCAUGUAUGUCCCCGCGCGAACGUCUCGACUUUGCACUUAUAGUCGUGCUCUUUGGUGUCCUCGUCGGCGCAACCACUGGGUUCUCCAUCCUCUCCGCACAGUACCUUGAACCCGCUGGAUAUAGCGAUAAUAUCGUUGGCUUUAUGGGAGCCACAUUGCUCCUCGCUGGCAUUGUGGGCGCCAUUGUUACCGCACCGCUGUUUGACCGCUAUUUCACGCACCACUACGGCAUUACUAUCAAAGUGCUUGUCCCGCUCGUCUCUGUCGGGUGGCUUUCGCUUGUCUGGGCUAUCCGCCCGGAUAACGCUGGCGCACUGUUCGUUAUUUUUGCGGUCAUUGGGGCGGGUUCCGUUAUCAUGCUUCCGAUUGGGCUCGAGCUUGGGUGCGAGCUGACGCGAAAUGCGGAUGGGAGCGCCGCAGUGCUGUGGUGUAGUGGAAAUUUAUUUGGUGUCAUUAUGAUUCUUGCUGAAGGCGCCCUCCGUGGGGGUGAGGACGCGAAUCCGCCGUAUGACAUGCGAAAGGGCAUUAUAUUGCAGGGUGCUCUUGUUGCAGGAUUUGGCGUGACUGUGUUUGGGCUCCGGGCACAACAGACGCGGAGACAAAUAGACAAGGAUAUGCAGGCAGACGGUGAGAACGUUGUUGACGUCAAGUGCACAGACGAGGCGGAGGGAGAAUUGUAAGGUGUUAGCUCAUUCUGUUGGAAAUUGGAAUUCAAGUCGCUGGGGCUCGCCGACACAGUGCGAGCGUGGUUUGUCCCGGGCAGGAGAAUAGCCCGAAGGGAAACCGCGUAAAGAUCAGCAUAGUGUAAUACAUAGACUAUAUACUGUGGCUAAUGUCCUCUAAAGUACGUAGUUUCGAGAAACUUUCGUAAUCACGAUUUAGAAUACAUUCCGUAAAAUUUCA